AGCGUCACAUAGAUGUCAAUCGCUGUUAUAAGAGUGGGUGCAUGUUUAGUGAGUUCAUCUGUGAUUCAUUGCGUUGUAUUGACUGAUAGAGAAGUGUGGUUGGUGUUUUGUUUAAAAAUAAUGACAGAAGUGGAUAUUUAUAGAAAUACUCCAAUUAGACUGUUGGGGUAUGCCAAUGAAGUCGGGGAAGCUUUUAGACCCUUGAUUCAUGUCAAGUGGGUACGGCUUAGUUAUGGAAUUGCCAGUGCUUAUGUGUUGGCUGACACAUUGGACAAAACUUUUAAAAUGAGUAAGCAUCCAUUUGUAAGUGACAGCACAAGAUAUCAUCAGGUAUUUAUUGCAGGAGUAGACACCCUGAUCUGGCAAAGUUUUGCUUCUGUGAUUAUCCCCGGCAUCACCAUUAACAGAAUAUGUGCUUUGUCACUGUACACAUUGAAGUACACAAUUAAGCUUCCAUCUAAAACUCGUAAAUGGCUAACCACAGGCAUUGGUCUUGCAUGCAUUCCAUUUAUAGUAAAACCAAUUGAUACAUUUGUUGAUUUUGUAAUGGAUGAAACAUUCAGAAAAGCACUAAGAACUGGUAGGUGACAACCAUAAUGAGGCUAGUAGUAUGUUACUAAACAAUAUAAAAUAUCAUUUGAAAUGGGAGCCAUUUUAAUAUAUGGAAUAAUGCUGGAAUUAUUUUUUCCAUUAAUUAGAAGAAUAUGUGAUCUCUUUGGUAUAUAGAAGCAAUGUUGAUUGUUAAAGAAUGUGAGCUAAAGAGUAAGCACUGUGUAAAAUGCCACUGUUUGAAAGACUUGUUUGUGAAUCUCUAAAAGGAAUAAACAAUACAUGUAUUUUGUGGA